CCACCCCCGCCCCACUCCCCGCGCCGGCGCAGCCGCGCUAGGGUGUCCUCUGCGGCGGGCGCACUAGGCCGUGGGAUCCAGGCGGAGGCCGGGGCUCUGCGUCCGACAGUGGGUCCCUCCCGCGCGCCGCCGCCAUGCCGGACAGCUGGGACAAGGACGUGUACCCCGAGCCCCCGCGCCGCACGCCGGCGCCCUCGCCUCAGACCUCGCUGCCCAACCCCAUAACCUAUUUGACGAAGGCCUUCGACCUCCUCGUGGACCGGCCCGUGACCCUAGUUAGAGAAUUUAUAGAGCAGCAGCACGCGAAGAACAGGUAUUACUACUACCACCGCGAGUUCCGCCGUGUGCCAGACAUCACCGAGUGCCAGGAGAAGGAUAUCUUGUGCAUGUUUGAAGCAGAAAUGCAGUGGAGAAGAGACUAUAAAGUCGAUCAAGAAAUUGUCAACAUUAUCCAGGAAAGGCUGAAGGCCUGUCAGCAGCGGGAAGGUGAGAGCUACAGGCAGAACUGUGCCAAGGAGCUGGAGCAGUUCACCCAGGUGGCCAAGGCUUAUCAGGACCGCUAUCACGACCUGGGAGCCCAUUAUUCUGCCAGGAAGUGCCUGGCAAAGCAGAAGCAGCGGAUGCUGGCUGAGAGAAAGGCGGCUAAAGAGGCUGCUGCUGCCUAAAGCAGCUCCUUGAGCACCUUCCUGAAACGAUACUACUAAAAUAAAUAGUUUAAGAAAGCUG